AUGAUAUCAGUAAGUAAGGACAAAUAUUCCAAAAUACAGGAUGCAACGAAAUCCGAAUUGUGUGAACUUAAUGAAAUAAUUCUUAAAGGAUGGCCAGAUCUUAAAGUCGAAACUCCAUUUGAAGUCAGAGAGUACUGGGAUUCUCGUGAUCAGUUAUCUGUUCUUGAUGGAAUUAUUUACAAGGGACUUAAAAUUGUGAUUCCGCCUAGUUUGCGUGACAACAUGUUAAAACUCAUACACAAAUCUCAUCUUGGCAUGACAAAAUGCAAGAAACGUGCUCGAGAAGUAAUGUACUGGCCACGUAUGAAUACAGAAGUUGAGCGAUACAUUGAAGAUUGUGCGCUUUGUGCGUCAUAUCAAAAUCAGCAGCCAGCUGAACCGCUUAAACCUACUCCGACUCCGGAUCUACCGUAUAUGUUAGUUGGAUGUGACUUGUUUGACUUUCAGAGUAAAGCUUACAUACUUACCGUGGAUUAUUAUUCUAAGUACAUUGAUGUGUUACCGUUGAAUUCAACCAAUACUACAGCUAUAGUUGAAGCGCUAAAAUCCAUAUUUGCAACACAUGGAAUACCAACUACAUUACGUUCAGACAAUGGACCGCAGUUCAGUUCGUCCGAGUUUAAGAAGUUCAGUAAGGAACUCGGAAUUGACCACCAAACAUCGAGUCCACAUUUUCAAAGUGCAAAUGGUGAAGCCGAAAGAUCAAUACAAACCGUUAAAAAUCUCUGGAGAAAAUCUGAUGACAAACAUUUGAGCCUAUUAGAUUACCGUACUACACCAUUGGAAGGAAUUGACUUGUCGCCUUCCCAACUUUUAAUGGGUAGACGACCGAGAAAUACUCUGCCUGCGUCAAAAGAAGUGUUGAAGCCUAAUAUGAACAACUCAAUGAAUGUAAAAAGGCACUUUGACCGCGAGAAAGAAAAGCAAAAGUUUUAUUAUGACAAACGCAGAGGAGUGAAAGAAUUACCAACAAUAAAUGAUAAAUGUGCCGUGCGUAUGACACCUUUACCCGGCUCAAAGGAAUGGAAACCAGGAACUAUUGUCAAGCACAGCGACAAACCUAGAUCUUAUAUCGUGCAAAGGUCCGAUUCAGGAAACAAUCGCUUGUAUAGGAGAAAUCGUAAACACUUGCGUACUUCUACCGAAACAGCCUCCAAGGACAUUAACCGCGAGACAAUAAGUGACAAUUUUGAAAUAGACAAUCUACCGAAUAGAAUCGAGACCGCUCCGAAAGAAUCAAAGGACAAUAAGCUAGAACGCAACGAAGAAGUGAAGAGCUCAGAUGUGACAACGACUAAAUCAGGAAGGAUUGACAAGAAACCAGAGAAGCUUGAUUUGUAA